UGCUGGAUUUUUAUCCCACAUGAACUGCUUUAUCUAUCGCUCCUGAUACGGUGACAUUUUAUGUUGUUUUCACACUAAUUUCUCUACAUCUGUGCCAAUAAAACAGCGCCUUUAACGGCGUAGUUUAAAAAAACAUUAAAUUAAAUAUACUUUUAUUGUUCAUAUAAAACACACAUUGUUUUCCCUAGGUAUUUUAUACACUCAAAUGGUGUAAAAAAUAAAGAAAAAAAAAUUGAAUUCCCAGAGAAGGAGCAGGAAUAAAAAAAACAUUAAUUCCCGCUUGUUCAGCCUUGAUUUAGGAACAUCCAGAACCAUCUGAUGAGUUGACACAACGAUUUGAAAUGGACCAUUUGAAACCCUAAGAAAGGGCAUAAAAUCCUGAAAUAAAUCCUUAAGUGGGCAGGGAGCCAGCCGGAGCACUGAAGCUAAACUGGAGUCGUGUGAUAUUGCUUUCUGGGAUAUCGAAGUUAUGUAAUCCUUUUCAAAGGGCAUUUGGGGAGAAGGGCACAUGUUUCCUGGUAAGAUUUUGAACAUUUUUAUUUUAGAUUAUUUUUCUUAGAAAAUAAAUUAAAUUCCCAGUAAACAAAUCUGAAUAAUAUAUAGUAUCUGGAUAUAUAUAUUUUUAAUAGCAGCAAAGCCUGUCUUUAUGGAUUACACCUAUUGCUACAGAGGUGCUGCCUGUACCACUGACUCAUCGUGUUGCACUGUCUGACUGUCUGACUGAUCGUAUGUCAGUCUGUUUAAGCUGUUCCACAAUGUGUUGGAGAGGAGACAGCAGUGCAUUCUUUAUAUGCACAAAUAUACUUUGUUCUUUUGCAGAUAUUUGAGUAGACGGACCGUGUUCGGUAACAGUGCUAUCAUCACUUGACGGAUUUUCUUUCUUUCUUUUUUUGUUGCGAAUUCUGCCCGAGGACAUCAAAAGGAUUUACUGCAUGUCUUUUUUUGAUGUGAACAGAGAGACAGUUGAGUUCUGUCCUGCUCCUCCUCUGGGGAAACACAGAACUAGUUGAAAGGAACAAUGGUACCUGAAUGUUUGAUGCACCACUGCAGCUUCAAGGCGCUCUGUUGCAGUUCUUCACUUUCUUUGUACCCCAGCUUUUUAUGUUGUCAGAGUGAGUCUGUGUGUGUAGAAGAGAGUGUGCGUGCCUGUUUACUACACUGUAAACAGACUCUUUCUCUGAGGAACGUUUUACAUACAAUGGCAUUUGUGUGAUAAUUGCUCAGCAGAGAGACUUCAUUACACAUUCAGUCUUUUUCUGCGUCUCCUCCCGCCCAUCAGCUGCAGAGGUUUGAGGAAAUGAGCCUCCCAGUAUUUAAGAGGUUCUUAUUUCCCUCCCUCUCGCCCUCCCUCCCUGCCUCCCUCCCUCCCUGAGCUGUCAUGCGUUACAGAGCAGGAGAUUUCAUUAUGUGCAUUGCAUCGAGGUGCUUUGGAAAAUCUCAGUUACUGCAUAGUAAGCAUGCGGCUGCUCCGUACACAGUGCGUUUGACAGAGGGCUGCUCUUGUUUCUGUUGCAGCCACUCACAUGUGCAGUAAAUCACAGACUGCAGUGUGCCGUGCCUCUGAAGUUGUGUGUUGGAAUAAUUAUUCACUAAAUUGAUUUGUUGGGCAGCAGAUGAGUGCAGACGAGGUCAACCCAGACCACGCUGUUCAGUGAGCUUCCUAUUUACGUGAUGUGUUUAGUACGUUGUCUCAUUGAUUUCUAAUAAUAUUUCCUAAUGAACUAAGACAGAGAGACUCUGGUGUUCUGUGACUUGGUUUUGUUUUUCUGUUAUUUUCCCCCCCUCCCCCCGCUCAUCUCACUGUGUCUCUCUCAUUCCCUGAUGGUCAAUUGCCUUCCAUUGUGACCUGGGUGUGUGUGCACGGGCGGAGUGUGUACUGUUAUCUGCGGGCGGCCAUCCUGAAUCACACAGGCUUCCUGUCUUGCAUGAAUAGGCGACCCACACGGGAAUGCGCUCCUACAUUUACAAUAAGAACUCUGUGAUUGGCUCACAGGCAGAACACUGCGGGAUGCGGACAUAUUUCUUCAGUGCGGACACACAGGAGGACAUGAAUGGCUGGAUCCGGGCCAUGAACCAGGCCGCGCUGAUGCAGCAGACUCACACUAUAAAGAGAGAUGUGGAAAAGGCAGAGAAAAUUGCACAGCAGGCCGUGCCACAGAGCAGCCAUGUCCACAUUCACCGCAACACAUCUCAGUCAGAGAGUCUUCACAGAGCUGAGAGGAAGCAGACGUGUGACAAUGGUGUCAGACUGGGUCAUGGCGAGGAGAUGAGGUUUGGAUUAGAGAUUCAGGCGAGGUCCUGUCAAAAUGAGGAACCAGUGGAGGAACUCUCUCCUGACUCCAUGAACGGUGCCACCCACAAAACUGGACAGCCAACUGUGAUCCAGGUCACUCUGCCGCCAGAACAAAAUGGAAAUGUGGUCUAUCAGAGCGGCUUUGUUUCUCAAACAGACACUGAGAAACAUGUGCAGAGGAAAAGUACGUUGGCACACGUGGAACAGUGGGUCAAAGUUCAAAAAAGGGAUCCACCAAAGAGUGCUCCUACUGCAGAGUUCAACCUCCCUCGGCGAACUCCCCCCUUAAAGCCCAAAGCCAUCAAUGUGGACGCCUCUUACCAGUCUUUGCCAAAGUCUUCUCGUCUUCCAUCUGGCAACAACUCUCCUCCAACAACCUGUAAACUCCCCAGUGACUACAAGUACGCUCACGAUCGCCUCAGCCACUUCCGCAUGUCCACUGAAGAGCGAAUGGCUGCUAAGGAAGGGAUGGUUUGGCAACUUUACGAGUGGCAGCAGAGGCAACAGUUCCGACACGGCAGCCCCACUGCACCCGUCUACACCGGCCCCAACUUCACAGACUCUUCAUCAUUCAGAGUUACCGUCGAGAUGCCCCGGUCCAUUUCUGUCCCUCCGUCCCCCUGUGAAGUCCCACCAUCUGUCCCGUCCUCUUUUAAACCCCUGUCCCCCCGCAGGCCACACACGCCGUCCAACAGACGCACAGUCAAGCCCCUAGAUGAAGUGGCGUCAGGGGACAACACACGAGCCAGUUCACCUGGACAUAUCUGUGCACAUCUUUCUCAGACUUCCCACUUACAGAGGAGGUCGGUACCAGCCAUGGGCUACAUCACGCACACUGUCAGUGCUCCAAGCUUACAUGGAAAAACGCCAGAGGAGUUGACUCUACUCCUCAUUCAGCUUCGGAGGCAUCAGGCCAAGAUGGCCAGUGUGCAUAGUCCCAGCUAUGCGUUCGCUCACCUGCAACACCACCAGCACAACGGCCUUCUGGGUCCCAGCAUGCAGGCUGAUGAUACUUACAUACAACUGAAGAAGGACCUGGAGUAUCUAGAUCUGAAGGUCACUGGACGAGAGAGUUUAAAAAAACAAAGACCCUCCAGGCCUGUGAAAAUAGCAGAGAGCGAUGCUGAUGUGAAAUUAAGUCGACUGUGUGAACAAGACAAGAUUCUUCAGGAUCUGGAGGCCAGGAUACGCACUCUGAAGGAAGACAAGGACAAGCUGGAGUCUGUGCUGGAUGUUUCCCACCAGCAGAUGGAGCAGUACAGAGAUCAGCCGGCCCACACUGAGAAGAUCGCCUAUCAGCAGAAACUACUACAGGAGGACGUGGUGCACAUCAGAGCUGAGAUCUCCACAGUCUCCACAGAAAUGGAGAACGCAUGGAAUGAGUACAACCGUCUGGAGAGAGACGUGGACUGGCUGAAGUCUACGCUGCAGGGACAAAUGAACCGCUGUGACCUGACACAGCAGGAGAAAGUCCAGAUCAGAAAAGAGCUGUGGAGGAUUGAGGACGUCAUCGCAGGUCUCAGCUCCAGCAAAGCCAACUUUAAAGUCACCAUCUCCUCUGUUACCAACCCAGAGAAGAAAUUUGUGCCUUCAGUGUCGGCAUCAUCAGUGCCUUCUGUGUCUGGGAGCCCGUCUGCUAUGGAAAUGAGACUGUCCCACUCCCAGCUCCAGCACAGCCCCCACCUCAGCCCCAGCAGCCACACCCCCUCCCUGUCUUCCAGCCCCAGCUUGCACCACUCUGCUACCAUCAGCAGUGGCUUUAAAUGGGGCGAGGAAGAUGUGCCUCCAAGACCUCCUCUACCUCAGCUGUACAGUCCUGAAGAACAUCCUCCUGCUGUGCCACCGUUGCCUCGGGAAACCACAGUCAUCAGACACACUUCAGUACGUGGCCUCAAACGACAGUCAGACGAACGCAAGAGGGACAGAGAGAUUGGCCAGUACACUAAUGGAGACAGUAAAGUGGAGCUCAGGCCUUUCCUGAGCGAUCCAGAACUUAUGGGAGCUGGAGACGGCUCCAGUCACAUCAGUGUCGCAGCAUCUGGACGUGACGGAGGUUAUCAGACGCUACCAAGCAGAGGCGUUGCUGGCUCCUCACUAAGAUUCAGUCAGUCUUCAAGCAUUGCGUCGUAUGUGACCCUGCGACGAGCAUCAUCAGGUGGUGCUGUGACGGAGAGACCAAAAAGUGCCUUGGAGCGUCUGUACUCUGGAGAGCCGGAGCAGCAGCAGCAGAGGGGGAAGAUGAGUGCUGAUGAGCAGCUGGAGAGGAUGAAGAGGCACCAGAAGGCUCUCGUCCGUCUGCGUAAACGCACCCUCAGUCAUGGAGACCGCCACGGUUCUUCAUUGCCGCGCUCCUCAUCCUCGCGCCCGCUCUCGGCAGACCUGGGAUCACUGAAGAGAGAGCAGGACUUUGACCUGCAGUUGCUGGAGAGGGCCGUGCAGGGGGAGGAGGCCCAGACAGUGAGGAGCGUCCAGGGAGAGGAGAGACCUCCAGAGCAUAACGAAAGACCCCGGUCGCACUCUGACGAAUGGCUCACCUAUCGCUCCACGGUCACGACACCUCCUGCACACGAGGCCGACCUGGAGCCGCUAGAUUAUGACGUGGACCUUAGUAAAGAGUUGUCCAAACCUCAGAAAGUGUUGAUCCCAGAGCGUUAUGUGGACUCGGAGUCGGAGGAACCUCUGAGUCCUCAGGAGGUGGAGGAGCGUCAUCGAAAGAUGGAGCGUAUCAAGAGUAUCCUGGCCAGGUCCAGUGUUCAGAACAUGGCAGCACCGGUGUGUGUGGAGAAGCCAGAGGUUGGACUGGUGGCUCUGGACUCAGCCCUUCAGGAGCAGGAGAGGAUCAUCACCAUGUCCUACGCCCUGGCUUCUGAGGCUUCUCUCAAGAGCAAACUGGUCGCAGUUCCACCACAGGCUAACUUGCCCUCUCCUCCUCCUCCACCUCCUCUUCCUCUUCCUCCCACUCCUCCUCCUCUUCCUCCCGUCUCUUUGGCUACUUCUCCGUCUCCUCUGAGCAACGGAAUUCACUACACAUUUGUCUAAUCUGAGAAUUAAACUCAAGCGAUCUCUGGACACUGAGGUGCUUAUCCACACUGACGAUACAAACCCCUGGGAUUCUUACUGUGGACAAGGGAGAACUUUGUCUGAUUGACAGACAUUUAUAAGUUUCCACACAGCUCUGGAAAAACUGAAGUGAACCGUGUCUGACUGGGGGGAAACUCAGCUGAGGGAGAGAGAGAGAGAGAGA